AUGCUCGCCGACCUGCCCUCUGAGAUCAUUUACCACAUCGCCCUCUAUCUCCCGACCGCGAAUGCAUUGACCCACCUCGCUCAGACCUGUCAUCGACUGCACGGAAUCAUCACCGCAGAAGACUCACGGAUCUUUCGUGCCUUUGUGCAAAGCAGAUUUCCAGCCAUCCAAACGCCACCAUUCUGGAAAGACGCCGCGCGUGCUUUGACUUCACGAUCGCGGGCCCUUGACCGUCAUUCCGUCAUUGCGCGGUUUCUUCUCCCGCCACCAGAUGCCAUCAAGAUCGGUGCCCACCAGGCCACUCGGCGCGAUAAUCCGACGCUCGGAUACCGACCUGCGAUCGACUCCUACGAGGUGUGGAAUGGCGAGCGCUGGGCGGAUAGGAAGGAGGUCGUGGCAUGGGGGGCUGCAGAUGAGCUAGUGGUGCGCGUCGGAAAGAAAUGGUUCGUGUUGAAUGACCUGGACCAUGUCAGCAGCUGGGAUGAUAUCUGUGGCGUGCAUCUUCUGGGUCCGGAUUCCUUGGACAGGGAACAUUUGAUCUUUGCUCGCAGGCGGGGAGAUAUUGUCCGUUCGGCUAUUUCCCAAGCUGAUGGUGCCCACGAGUAUCAACAGACAUUUCUGGCAUAUGGCCGGGAAGUGGAUCGCACGGAUGUAAGCGAUGGCAUUCUGGCUGCUCAUUGCGAUAACAACGCCCUUGCUUUUUACCACACCACCACGGGCGAGGAACAUGUCGAGCCAUUUGCCUGGCUCCGUCUGGGAUCGGGACACCAAGCGCGCAUUCAGUAUUCGAAACUGCUGUCGCCGUCACUGGCCGCAAUGGGAUCUGGCGAGAUUGAUGAUUCUUUGUGCAUCGCCACCAUUUCCGCAGAUUCCGUCCGGCCCUGUCGUGAAAUCAAAGUCCGAUCAAUGGACCUCGAGGGCCGUCUCAACCCCGAAACAGUAGCGCAUCUCAGUGCCAUUUCUCCUCUUCACACCCACGCCUCGCCCGGCGAAGUGUUUCUGGCAACGUGGGGUGAUCGCGCCAUUCGCCUCCACGACCUGCGCUCUCCACAUGCCUACGAGGCAACCUACCGAGACAAUACAGACACCAACCCUAUAUAUAGCGUCCAGGUCUUUGGCCACGACCGCUUCCUCGCCGGAGCAGGCGGUGAUGCCGUUUUGAAGAUAUUCGACCUGCGAAUGCAAAGCACAUACAGCUACCUCGAUGCACAGCCUCCCCCAUCACAUCGGAAAGUAGCGACCAACGGAGUCCACGCCCGCAAGGCCCCUCGCAAGGAUCUCUCUCUCUUUCUGUCUUACCAGCCCCCUCCCCCGACCACAACACUCCAACACAAUCACGUUCGUGCCCACCGAAGAGGUCCCUAUCGCGGCCCUAUCUACGCCAUGUCCUCACCCUCUCCUUCUUCGCAUACCGUGUACACGGGCGUCGGGGACGGGGUGCUCCGAUUGGACUUUGCGUCUACGGAUGACUUAUUCGGCUCUUCAAAGGAGUGGUACUGUCAUGAUAUUGGGCUAGAGCUCGACAUGGAUUUUUCGGCCGUUAAAGGCGCUUCUCAGACCGCACCAGGGCAGGUCCUCAAUCUGUCUGGAUACGAACGCCCCGAGCCAGACGAUCUAACCACUACCUCCAAAUUGAGGACACAGCAGACGUUUCGGUCCAUUGGUCCUGAAAACGUGCAAAAUGAGAUGAACACGGGUUGGGACCGGAGAUGGGAGCCAUUGGCUCCAAACGGGGCCUGGAGACGGCGGGAUGGUGUAUAG